GCUGGAGAUUACUGUCGCACUGUCUGCAUCGAGUCUGGCUCUCCCGUGACUUCAUCCAGCGCCAGCGGCCGCCCGCCGCCGCAGUUCUCGCCGGCACCGCGUUCAGCCAGUCCCAGCCGUCUCUCCCGGCGUUGCCGCGCCUCUCCCUACCUACGCCGUUCGCCCCUGUCCCGACCCACUGUAGCAACUGGCUCUCACAUCUCACCCUCUCUGCAUCGAGCCCGAGUCGAUUGUCCGGCGAAUUCACCCAGCGGCGGCAGCCGCCAUCCGCUGCCACUCCCGGCUCCUGCCUUCCAUCCCACCCUCCGCUGCGUCUCCCCGCGACCUCCGCCGAUCCCUUCGCCCAAGCCCUACUGUAUCUAGGCGACCGACAGCGGCAGUCUGGUCAGAUGUUUGCUGGAACCCUAGCUGCCUAGCACACCGUGGUGCUUUGGCUUGAGGGGAUUUCAGCUGUUCAUCACUCAAUUUAGACAAUGAGCCGCCGCUAUUCCUCGUCAGCGUCCCCGCUGGAAGACGAAGACCUACUCCAAGAAAUCCUCCUCCGCCUCCCUCCGAUGCCAUCCUCGCUCCCUCGCGCCUCCCUCGUCUGCAAGAGUUGGCGCAGCAUCCUCUCCGACACCCGCUUCCUCAGCCGCUUCCGCAAACACCACCGGGUACCUCCCCUGCUCGGCUUCUUCCAAGGGAAGCCCAGCUGGCGGAACUACAUCUUCACUUCCAUCCUAGAGCCGCCCGACCGCGUCCCUGCCGCUCGCUUCAUGGUGCCGCUGAGCCUCAGUAUGCACUGGGGCUUCAUGGGCUGCCCCCAGGGCCUCAUUGUCAUGUUCAAAGAAUCAUCGUGCGAGACUGUAGUGUGUGAUCCCCUCACUGGCCAACAGCACCGCGUGGCUUCUCCGCCAGUGAUGAACUUGGACGACGGGGAGUGCUGGGACACCGCUACGGUGCUAUGCGCUGACGCCGAAGAUGGGCAUGUGCACGGCGAUUGCUUCUCUAGCCCAUUCAAAUUGGUCUUGAUCUGCGAGGGAUACUUGCGGGCAUUCCUUUGCCUCUACGACUCUGUGUCUGGUGUAUGGGGAGAUGUUGUCUCUACAACGACUACAACUAUAUGUCAGAAUCUUUUUUUAAGGCCUGGCAUCCUAGCCGGGAAUGCACUUUGCUGGGGUAUUGGGGGAGGUCACAUCCUUGCAUUUGAUUUGGAAACGCAGAGCCUUGGCGUGAUCGAGAAGCCAACAGAUGCCCAUGUUACGGGCGACGUACUUGAGGUCUCUUGUUUUCAGCCCUUACGGAUGGAGAAUGGUGGACUUGGCUUGGCUGUUUUGUCGGAAUUCACUGUCCAAUUGUGGGCGAGAUCUAUCUGCGAUGGUGUUGUUGGAUGGGUGUUGCAGAAAACUAUAUUGCUGGAGGGGCUCCUUCCACAGGAAGUGCAUAGUCACGACGGACCCGCACAUUUCGUGGGCUAUGAUGAGGAUGCAAAUAUGGUUGUUCUUAGUACAAUGAUUGGUAACUUUACGCUCCAACUUGACUCAAUGUUGAUCAGACAUAUUAUCAGAAGAAAUGAAAUGUGUUAUAACAGCUUUUAUCCCUACAGAAAUUUCUAUACUGCAGGCAGGAGAGUUGAGUGGAACUGGUUGGAUCUGAAAACAGAACUGUGAACACAUAGAUCUGCUAAUUUGCUAUCUUGGUUGAGAAGUGAGGUAUCUGGAGUUCUGUUCGAGUUGACGAGACAUGGAAAUGGCUAGCUGUUGUAGGUUCUGCUUUUGUAUGUGGUUGACGCUGAAAUUUAUCCUUAUGUAGUAGUAUGUAGGUUCUUCAACUCUGAAUGAUGCGUUUUCAUGUGAAGUGGACUUUGUAGGAUUUAAUUUGCUGACUUGUUUGCGUCACUACCUAGUAUCUGUAGGCAUGAGGCCACUAGACAGUAACCCGUCAAGUUGCUUCAGGCUAUUGGCGAUCUAUAUGUUAAUUAGCACCUUCGGGUUUCAUUU